AUGGCGUCAAAGAAGAAGAAGGGAAGUAAGAAGACAAGUGAAUGGAACGAUGAGGAAAGCGAAAAGAAACUGGCACAGUUGAAAUUACUGUCUGAAAGCGAAGAAGAAAGUGAUGAUGAUUCCUCAAUAGCGUUUCAGAAAAACAAGGGAAGGGCAGCUUUCAAUAUGCUUGCUGCUCUCGGUUCAGACGAGGAUAGUGAAAAGGAUGCAGCAAGUAAUGAUUCUGAAGUGGAGGAGAAAAAAGUAGUAGAAGAGAAAACCAAGAAAACUGGAAAGCAAAAGCAGCCUGGUGGUGAGAAAGUAGCAAAAGAAGCAGCCACUGCAAAGCCAAAAGAAUCAACAAAAGGGAAAGGGAAAAAAAGUAAAAAGGCUCAGAAAGAAGACGAAGAUUUGGAAGCUAUUCUUGCUGAUCUAGAAAAGCCAGUCGAAAAACCAGCUGGAAAAGGAAAAAAGAAAGGCUCUGAAAAGGUGGAAUCGGCUGUUGAGCAGACUUCUGUUACAGCUGUAGAGCCACCGUCUACUGAAGCUGUCGGAGAAGUCAAAGAAGGAACGAUUGAGAAAAAUGAAGCUGCUGAAGGGGAAGUACAGCCUAAGAAAAAAGAUAAAAAGAAGAAGAAAAAAGCUGCUGCGGAGGAAAAAGCGGAAGCAGAAGGGGCUAAGGAGUCAAGUGUUCCUUCGGAAGCGGCUGCAGUCAAAGAACCGAGCCCCGGUCCAGAAGCAAAAGAAGCUUCUGUAGAGAAAGAAGAAGGCGAGCUUACGGCUGCAGAAAAGAAGAAGAAAAAGAAGAAGGAAAAGGAGAAAGAAAAGAAGGCAAAGGAAGGUGAAAAGAAGGAGAGCAAGAAAAAGAAACAGGUAGAUAUGAUCAAGCAGUUAUUGCGACAGAGGCAGGAAGAGGAAGAAAGGAUUCUUAGAGAGCAAAAGGAGGAGGAAGAAAGAUUAGCUGCUAUUCAGAAGGCGAAAGAAGAAGAGGCACGUAUAGCGAGAGAGAAGAAGGAAGCUGAGAAGCAAAGGAAAAAGGAGCGUGACGAAAAACUGAAAGCUGAGGGCAAAUACUUGACUCCAGCACAGCGCGAAAAACUGCGCAGACAACAAGCUUUAUUAAGGAACGAAAAUUUCCUUUUACCAUCUGCUUUACGACAAGAAAGUGGAGACUCAGCUCCUGCUAAGCGACCAAUAUAUGGAAAGAGGAAGCCAAAGAAAGGACCUCAGCAGCAGGACAUUAAAACUGGUGAAGAGAACAAUGCUCAAAUAUCCGAUCUAAAGACUGCUGAUACGGUAAAUGAAAAUCAAAAAGUUGAGGCGGAGGCUAAGGAUAAGGUGGAUGAGGUUGCUGUGUCAUGGGAAGAUGAAGCAGAGAAUGAAGUAAUAGAAAGUUGGGAGGACCAUGCUGAGGAACCGGUUGAAAAGGCGAAAGAGCCUUUUGUUGCCAAUAAAACUAAGGAAGAAGUGCCAGUUGAAAAAAAGAAGGAUAGUGAUGUGUUGAAACCAACACUAAUUGUCGCGGAGAAGGAGGAAGAAGCAGAAAGUUCUUCUGAGGAGAGUUCUGAGGAAGAGUCAUCUUCGGAAGAGCAGAGCGACGAAGAAUCAAGUGAAGACAAUCGAGAAACAAAGGAACAGAUUAGGGAACGCGUCCGCGCUCGUUUAAAGAAGAGAAGAGAAGUUGCUGAGGCCAAGAGAACUGUAGAAGACCUACGUGCUCCUGUUAUUUGUGUACUUGGUCACGUUGAUACAGGAAAAACAAAAAUGUUGGAUACGAUUAGACGCACCAAUGUUCAAGACAGUGAAGCUGGUGGAAUAACCCAGCAGAUUGGUGCUACUCAAGUUCCUAAUCUUGCUAUAAAGGAGCGAACUAAAAUGGUUAGAGACUUCAACGUGGACGACAUUAAAAUUCCUGGCUUUUUGAUAAUUGAUACACCGGGUCAUGAAAGUUUCUCGAAUCUUCGUUCACGCGGUUCUUCACUUUGCGAUUACGCUAUUUUGAUUGUUGAUAUAAUGCACGGUCUUGAACCUCAAACGCUAGAGUCAUUGAAACUGCUGCUGAAAAGAGGAACACCAUUUGUUAUCGCGCUCAAUAAGAUUGACCGCCUCGUUGAUUAUGAAUCGAAUCCGCGUAAAGACGUUUAUCAGCAUUUAAAAUCGCAACCGACAAACACGCAGCUUCAUUUUAAAGAUUUGAAGGACAAAGUUGUCGUUCAAUUUGCUGAACAGGGUGUAAAUGUAGCGCUUUCUAAUGAAAACAAAGAUAGUUCUGAAUAUAUCAGCAUGGUGCCAACUUCGGCGUAUAUGGGCGAUGGUAUAGGGAACUUAAUGGCACAUAUUGUUAAUGAGUCGCAGACUAGGUUGGCCUCACAGUUAUCAUUCUGUGAAGAACUCGACUGUACUGUGAUGGAGGUGAAAGCUCUUCCUGGUCUUGGCACCACAAUUGAUGUAAUUCUGGUAAAUGGUACUUUAAGAGUUGGUGAUGUAAUUAUUCUCACAGGUACUGAUGGCGCUAUAGUAACACAAAUAAGAGAACUACUAAUGCCACAACCUCUUAAAGAACUUAGGGUGAAGAACGCGUAUGAACAUUACCAGUCAAUUCGGGGUGCCCAGGGCGUUAAAAUCUUAGCAAAAAGAUUAGAAAAAGCACUUGCUGGUCUACCUUUGUUUGUUGCGAGCAAGGAGGAUGAAGUCGAUGUGCUCAAGGAGGAUUGCGACGCGCAGCUUUCACGGGCACUUAUGGCAAUUAAAAAGAAACCUGAGGGCGUUUAUGUUCAAGCAAGCACGUUAGGUUCACUUGAAGCACUAUUAAGCUUUUUAAAGGCGCAAAAAAUCCCGUAUUCCAAUGUCAAUAUUGGCCCUGUUCAUAAAAAGGAUGUACAGAAAGCUGCAGCUAUGUUGGAACAUAAGGAAGAGUUUUCGUGCAUUUUAGCAUUUGAUGUUCCAGUUAGUAAAGAAGUUGAGCAGUUUGCAGCGAGCGAAGGGGUACGCAUUUUUUCAGCUGAUAUUAUUUAUCAUCUAGAGGACAACUUCCUAAAUUACAGGGAAGAGCUAAGGCUAAAACGUCGAAGGGAAAAUGAACAUUUAGCGAUCUUUCCAUGUAAGCUUAGAAUAUUACCUCAAUGUGUCUUUAAUGCACGUAAUCCGAUUGUUAUUGGUGUAUCGGUGGAAGCAGGUCAGCUAAGGAGGGGAACUCCUAUCUGCGUGCCUUCGAAAGAUCGUAUUGCUCUUGGUACAGUUGCCAGUAUUGAACGGAAUCACGAGCAAAUUGAAAUUGCAAAAACUGGUGAUGAGGUAUGUAUAAAGAUAGAAAACACUACUGGAGAGGCACCCAAGUUGUAUGGAAGACACUUUAGUUAUGAGGACACGCUUGUUAGCCGGAUAUCUCGUGAGUCAAUUGACGUAUGUAAAGCACACUUCCGGGAUGAUUUAUCCAAAGCUGAUUGGCAGUUAGUCGUGCAACUGAAAAAACUCCUUGAUAUUCUUUAA